AACAGAAAGUAGGGAAACACAUAGAAGUUAGAACAAGUGAACAACACUCUUGAAUUCACAUUCAAAAUUUCAAUGGAAAUCCAAUUCCAACAACAGCCAAGAGUGUCGAAACCGAGGGGUAAAAACGGAAGUUCAAACAACAAAUUUGUCGGAGUAAGGCAAAGACCUUCGGGUAGAUGGGUGUCUGAGAUCAAAGACACAACACAAAAGAUCCGAAUGUGGUUAGGGACUUUUGAAACCGCAGAAGAAGCAGCUCGAGCAUACGAUGAAGCCGCCUGUCUUCUUCGCGGCUCCAACACGCGUACAAAUUUUAUCACUCACGUCUCGCAUAACUCCCCGAUCGCGUCCCGGAUCCGUAAUUUACUCAACUCAAAGAAAAUCGCAAAAAAACGAGAUCAAGAUUCUUCCGUUCCCUCGGUCUCAAAUACUGCGUCCACCACUUCCAGUAUCAAUAUCAGUAUCAGUACCAGCACCAGCAUCAACACUAGUAUCAGUACCAGUACCAGUACCAGUACCGGUAGUAAUAGUGACAGUAACAGUGACAGUAGUAGUGAGAGUAACUGUAAGUUGUUUGAUGAUGCGUAUAAGCCGGAUUUGAGCAAGUGUUGUUCCGGAACAUUUGAUAAUUCGUGGGGUUAUGGAGGAAGGAUUGAUAAUAUGGAGUUUAGUGAAUUUGAGAGGAUGAAAGUGGAAAGACAAAUAUCGGCUUCGUUGUAUGCGAUGAAUGGGGUUCAAGAAUAUAUUGAGACUGUGAAUGAUCCAAAUGAAGGAAUAUGGGAUCUUCCUCCUUUAUGUUCUUUGUUUUGUUGAAGUUUCUAGUGUUUUUUUAUUUUAGGAUUUAAUUGUGAUUCUUGAAAUAACAAGGGAGAGUUUUGAAAAUGUGAAAUGAUGUAUGUAGAUGUUCUUGCUUAUUGCUAAUAUGUAAGAUUUCAACAUAGUUUCAUUACAAAUCAUUUGAAAUAUCAAAAUAUUGAUUUCUUGAUUUGAAUUAUAUUUUUAA